UUGAAUGCAAUUCAGCCAGUGUGGCUUUUCUGUUCAGUUCAGUCAAUUCCAACAUGUUUGCUUCAAUAAUCCUGCUGUGGCUCUUUCUUGUCUUCAUCUUCCUUCAAUUCAAAACUCGGAAACCCAAGAACUUUCCACCAGGACCCCCUGUGCUGCCGAUAGUGGGGAGCAUUCUGAACCUGAGCCUAGAGAACCCCCUGAAGGACUUUGAGAGGUUGAGUAAGACUUAUGGAGAUGUCUACAGUCUGUUCCUGGGCCCCAAACCAGCUGUAGUCAUCAAUGGGAUGAAGGCCAUGAAGGAGGCUAUUUUGACCAAGGGUGUGGAUUUUGCUGGAAGACCCCAGGACAUGUAUGUCAAUGACACCACCCGACGGAAAGGAUUAAUUCUGGCAGAUUACGGCUCUAGUUGGAGGGACCAUCGCCGCUUUGCUCUGAUGACUUUGAGGAACUUUGGUCUGGGGAAGAACUCAAUGGAAGAUAGGAUUCAUGGAGAGUUGGAGUAUGUCAUUGACAAACUGGAUAAGAGCGUUGGUAAAUCCUUCAGUCCUGAGCUUAUGUUUCACAAUGCAUCCUCCAACAUCAUCUGCCAGGUUCUGUUUGGAAAACGCUAUGAGUAUGAUGAUGAGUUCAUCAAAGUGAUCGUUCAAUGUUUUACUGAGAACGCCAAGCUGGCCAAUGGACCAUGGGCUAUGCUGUAUGACUCUUUCCCCAUGAUUCGUUGGCUGCCGCUGCCUUUCCAAAAGGGCUUUUCGAAUUCUGAGAUUUGUCGUAAUCUUUCAGCUGAUUUGUUGAAAGAACACAAAAAGACUAGAGUUCCUGGAGAGCCACGAGACUUUAUUGACUGCUAUCUGGAUGAACUGGAUAAGCGAGGCGAUGGUACUUCCUUUUCAGAAGAUCAACUGAGUAUCUAUGUUCUGGAUCUGCACUUUGCUGGGACUGACACUACCUCCAACACCCUGCUUACUGGUUUCCUUUACCUAAGCACAUACCCACACAUACAAGAGCGCUGUCAGCAGGAGAUAGACAGUGUGUUGGGAGGGAAGGAUAAGGCCAGCUUUGACGACAGACACAACAUGCCUUAUGUGCAGGCUGUGACCCAUGAAGUGCAGAGAGUCGCCAACACUGUUCCCCUCAGCGUCCCCCACUGUACCACCAAGGACACGGAGCUCAUGGGAUAUUCCAUUCCCAAGGGUACUCUGAUCAUCCCUAACCUGACCUCAGUGCUGAGCGAGGAGGGACAGUGGAAAUAUCCCAAUGAAUUCAACCCUGAGAACUUCCUCAAUGACCAGGGAGAGUUUGUGAAGCCAGAGGCCUUCAUGCCUUUCUCUGCAGGUCCUCGAAUGUGUCUUGGAGAGGGUCUGGCUCGCAUGGAGCUCUUCCUCAUCAUUGUGACUAUGCUGAGGAAGUUUAAGUUCACCUGGCCUGAGGAUGCAGGAGAACCAGACUACACUCCGGUCUACGGAGUCACUCUGACUCCUAAACCUUAUCACAUGAAAAUCCAACUCAGGGAGACGCAGUAAGGCCGUCUGCAGACACACAAGCUGUCACUAUGUCUUUGCCUGGUCAGCUUCCUGUUCACAGCAGUCACCAGCUGAAUGCUUACAAGGACAGCUAACAAUACACAUAGUGAAUUAUUAUGUCUGCUUAGGUUACAGGCUGUAAUGGGCUAUUAAUUUACUAUGAAUUUAAUUAAGUAGAUGUAGACUGACCCGUUACUCUCCUCUCAGGAGGAUUGAUCUCAUUCAGCAAGAGCCCCAAAUCAACAAAUGUUCACUAUGACAACGCCCUCUAGUAUGAAUGAUUGAAGGAGGAAGCCAUGGGAUUUUGUUGUGAUGUGGUCUGAAUGGAGCGGCGGUGGGAGUGGAUGGAUGGUCAACAAAACAUUGGACUUUCACACAAGAGAACACAGUUUGUUUUCCAAUACCAACCAACAAAUCAAAGUGUUUUUUAUUCUAAAGAUGCACCACUUUAUCCCAAUCCCUAACCUUGUGUUAUUCCUCAUCUCAACCCAAAUCAUUAAGUUUCCCUAAAACCUAGGGAUGGGUACCGAAUUCGGUACUUUUAUAGGUACCGACCGAAUUCCGUCGGUACUACCGAGUACCGAUUCAUGUAAAAUCAAACGGUACCAUGUUUCGGUACCUAAACGGCGUUACCUUUAAACUGAUCAUUGAUUUCAACCUGUUUUCAUUUAACGUCUUUGAUUAACAAGCGCGCUGAUGAUCGCACUAUUUUUUUAUUUUUUUAUUUACCUCCUCGUCUGGUCCUGUCUGCUCACCGCGGCCACUAGCUGCUGCCCUCUUCCACCCCGGCGUAGAGACCAACAGCCGGCUCUAGGCCUGCUAGCCGCCAGCUGCUAUCUCUCCAAUGUCUCUACCCGGGCUUGGCCUUCGUCUGCCUCCAGAUUGGACCUUCCUUACUCCGUUUGCUCUCUCCAUUCUGCUGUAGACCAGUCAUUAACAGCUAGCAGCUAGCUGCUGCAUCUCCGGUCCUCCACUAAUACUCCGCUCUUCAACUCAGGAAUAUUACCUGCCACUUUACUCCAAACUGCCUCGCUGAAAUUAAAUCCCUCGGACUCCUGCGUCAUCCUCGAUAUGUGCACAGAGCAGCCCGACUCAACUUUGUUUAUUCCAACCACGCCAUGGCCACAAUACUGUCUGACCGGUGCUGCGCAGCACAGCUACGACGUCAUCACAACAAAUCACACGUGCACUUGCAACUUUUUUUUUUUUUUCUCCUCCGUGCACUUGCAACCAGAGCGCUCCUCUGCAUUCUUUGAUAACACUGCAACCUUCAUGUUACAAAAUGCACGUUCACUCAACAAUAAAGCACUGCUCAUCCUGGAUUUUAUAUUGUUUUGAUAUAUUUUUUAAAGUUUAUAUUUUGAGAA